UGAGCGAUGCCAUUCCACCCUAGACAGUCAUGAAGACCUCGCCAGUUCUUCUACUGUUGUGCGUGUGGGCUGCCCACGCCCACGCUUCAGCACUAGGGGCGCAGUCCCUCGAAAGAUCUUCUGCUUUUCUUCGUCUGGGAAUUGCUCGCUCCUCGGGUGCACCUCUAAAGCUCCGGGUGGAAGCGUUCAGCCAACGCCACUCUCUCCGCCUGCAGCCAGCCGCCGCACCCUUCGCCAAGACGUUCAAGCUACAGAUCACAUCCAGGGAUGAGCAAGGACGCGUCAUCAUUAAAGAUAUCGCCCACGACAAGGAUGAUGACGCUACGGAUUUGUACGAAGACCCUGAAGCCGGCAGCGUGGUGCGGCUGAACGCUGCUGGGAUAGAAGGAUUCAUUUCCCCUUCCCUCGCUCUCAACACUGCUGCUGACGGGCGAUACGAGGCCGUGCGUCAGAACUAUGUGGCUGAACCAGCACAUCACACCAGCGACUACCUAGAGGUACCUAAGGAAGCACGCAACCAGUACCAGUCCACCGCCACCGGCCGGGUCGCGACAUCCGCCACUGUUGAAAUGUACAUCGUCGUGGACAGCACCCUGACGGCCAAGCUGGGCUCCAAUACGAAUGUGAAGAAUUACCUAGGGGUGUUUUGGAACGCUGUCAACCUGAGGUUCGCCACCAUGACCGACCCUAAGAUUAAUCUGGUCCUGGCUGGCGCCCUCAUCGUCCGCGACUCUUCUGACGAGACCUACAUCAAUGACAACAUUCUCACUCAAAACUACAUCAACGGCGAUAACACUCUGACUUCACUGAGCAAAUGGGCGUUCAACCAAAGGGACUCACUGCCUUCCCACGACAUGGUGUACCUCAUGACCGGCAAGGACAUGGCCAGCGUGGAAAACGGCUCGAUACAGAAGAACCUGGCAGGCAUCGCUUGGCUGAGCGCUGCCUGCGUUGUUGUUCCGAGUCAAAAGCUAUCUUACAACACAGCAAUGGGCGAAGACUCCGCUCUGUACACAGGCGUGAUGACCGCCGCCCACGAGGUGGCACACAACUUGGGUGCUCCACACGAUGGCUCUGGAAGCGCCACGUCCUGCUCCUGGGAUCAAGGCUACAUCAUGAGCUACGUGCAGGGCAACCCCAACAAACUGUUCUUUUCUCCGUGCUCCAAGAGUCUGAUGAAAGAGUACAUCUCAAGGAACGGUGCCGCUUGCCUGCACACCGACACGGCCACCUCGCAGAUAACCUUGUCGUCCACGCUGCCCGGGGAGAAGGUGAGCUUGGACCAGCAGUGCCAGGCAGCCACGAAGGAGAGCGGCGCCUACGCUUCCAUGUCUGUCACUGAGGACUCGCUCUGCGUCCAGCUGGUGUGUCAGUGGAAGAAACAGGAAGGAAUGUACAUAUACACGUACACCCAAAGCACAGGACGACCUGCUGCAGAAGGUUCUCUGUGCAAGAGUGGCGGAAAAUGCAAAGAUGGAUCCUGUCAGUAAGACGCCGACUUUGUCGCUACUGACUGGCUGAUCUGAAUGUGGUCAAAAUGCACCUUUCAUUACGUUAGGCUGGUCAGCUGACGCAAUAAAGUAUUAAUCUAUCGCAGUAAA